AUGAAGAGAGGAGGACCAGGACCAGAGCACACCAUGAAGAGAGGAGGACCAGGACCAGAGCACACCAUGAAGAGAGGAGGACCAGGACCAGAGCACACCAUGAAGAGAGGAGGGACCAGGACCAGAGCACACCAUGAAGAGAGGAGGACCAGGACCAGAGCACACCAUGAAGAGAGGAGGACCAGGACCAGAGCACACCAUGAAGAGAGGAGGACCAGGACCAGAGCACACCAUGAAGAGAGGAGGACCAGGACCAGAGCGCACACCAUGAAGAGAGGAGGACCAGGACCAGAGCACACCAUGAAGAGAGGAGGACCAGGACCAGAGCACACCAUGAAGAGAGGAGGACCAGGACCAGAGCACACCAUGAAGAGAGGAGGGACCAGGACCAGAGCACACCAUGAAGAGAGGAGGACCAGGACCAGAGCACACCAUGAAGAGAGGAGGACCAGGACCAGAGCACACCAUGAAUAG